GGCCUGUCGUGUGACAUCGGCCCUACAAAUCGUAGAAACGCCCCUGCCCGCGACCGCUGUGAUGUGUUGCCAGACCUGUAGUCUAUUGUAAAAACCUCAGCCAGGUAAAAGCCCAUUGCGCACGCAGACAGUCGCUGUAACUGGGUUGCCAGUUUAGGGUCAGGGCUGUCUCACUGACUGAAAGCCAACGAGAAGAGACCCAGCCCCUCUGCAAAAGCAGUCGAGAGAGAGAGUCGCGUCCGGGUUUCCACUUUCUUUCGAUUACUUUGAUAGCGGGACAGCAAACGGACUAAAUCUGGAAUGGCUCGUCGUAUUUUGGCACACACGUUCUAAAAUGCUCUAUGAGUGCGGGUUGUUAAUGUUACAGUUUAACGCAGGUUUGUUUUCCACCUCCACGGUGCACGGCUACUUCCUGGUGCUACAGAGAGAGGCAGUGCUGAGUUAAAGAGACAGAAAUACUGAUAGAAAUUCAGAUAGAAAAAAAAAUACUGAGAGAAGAGAGGGGUUGGAAACGCGAUAGGAACAGUUGACUGGAUUCCCAGAAACUGAAUCCCCCCUCUCUCUUCUUAUUUAUGUCUAUUUUUUUUAGAUUUCUCCGUUGAAGCGAGUCGUUAUUCUUCGUUUGGUUUGUAAACUAGCAAACGGUUUGGAUGACGGUUGGCUGCGGCUAAAGCGGAAUUGUAACGGGGAACAUAUUCCUCCCUCCGACGGAGAAGCCUCGCUGUGAUUUUUUUUAACCUUUUUUAUUUCACACCAGAUUCCUUCUUGUGUCAUUUCAACCCGCAAUAUCAUCCCAGGUCUCAUUUUUAAAAAGAAUAUAUAUAUAUAUUUUUUAACGAUUCCACAAGGAAGGGUUAGGGCGACGGAAGAUGGGUUGUUUGGGCAACAGCAAGACUGAAGAUCAACGCAUCGACGAAAAGGCACAACGAGAGGCUAAUAAAAAGAUAGAAAAACAGUUGCAAAAGGAAAGACAAGCGUACAAAGCCACACACAGGCUCCUAUUACUGGGUGCGGGAGAGUCCGGAAAAAGCACCAUUGUGAAGCAGAUGAGGAUUCUACACGUCAACGGCUUCAACGCAGAGGAAAAGAAACAGAAAAUCCAAGAUAUUCGGAAAAACGUGAAGGAUGCCAUAGUGACUAUAGUGUCUGCAAUGAGCACUUUAAUACCCCCAGUCCCGCUAGCCAACCCAGAGGACCAAUUCAGAAUUGACUACAUCAAAAGCAUAGCACCCCUCUCUGACUUUGACUAUUCACAGGAGUUCUUUGAUCACGCAAAGAAGCUGUGGGACGACGAAGGAGUGAAAGCAUGCUUUGAGAGGUCCAAUGAAUACCAGCUCAUCGACUGUGCACAAUAUUUCCUGGACAGAAUUGAUUCUGUAAGACAGAGUGACUACACGCCAACAGACCAGGACCUGCUACGCUGCCGAGUGUUAACUUCAGGGAUUUUCGAGACGAGGUUCCAAGUAGAUAAAGUGAACUUUCACAUGUUUGAUGUUGGGGGCCAGAGAGAUGAAAGGAGAAAAUGGAUUCAGUGCUUUAACGACGUCACUGCGAUCAUCUUCGUGGUGGCCAGCAGCAGCUACAACAUGGUAAUAAGGGAAGACAAUAACACCAACAGGCUACGGGAAGCUCUGGACCUCUUCCGCAGUAUUUGGAACAACAGAUGGUUACGCACUAUAUCCGUCAUAUUAUUCCUGAACAAGCAGGACAUGCUGGCUGAGAAAGUACUAGCUGGAAAAUCCAAAAUUGAAGACUACUUCCCUGAAUAUGCUCGCUACACCAUACCAAAUGAAGGUUUGUUCCUUCCUCAGUGCACCUCGUCUAUGUCCAGACAGACUUUUGAAUUCCUCGUAUCGUCUGUAUUAACGUUAAAUUUCUUCUUCUUUUUUUUUUUUUUUUUUUUUUUUUUAGCAACUCCUGAACCCGGUGAAGACCCGAGAGUGACGAGAGCCAAGUUCUUCAUCCGAGACGAGUUUCUUCGGAUCAGCACUGCGAGCGGCGACGGCAGACACUACUGCUACCCCCACUUCACCUGCGCCGUUGACACAGAGAAUAUCCGGCGGGUGUUCAACGACUGCCGGGACAUCAUCCAGAGAAUGCACCUGCGGCAGUACGAACUCUUGUGAUGGGAGACCGACUCCGUCAGCCUUCUGUGUUUUUUUUUUUUUUUUUUUUUUUUGUUUUUUUCUCCACCAUUCUGCAACCUUGACGAACCUUUCCUCCUGCUCCUCCCUGACUCUUCACCCCACAUCCCCAGAAGAAACCCACCCCGACCGCCCCUCCUGUCGAGGACUACGAAGUACUACUGAAGUGUGUCAAAUCCUCUUCCUCUUUUUAACUUCUUAGCUUUUUGUACUACUUUUUGUUUUCUCUCUCCGAGAUUUCGUCCCCAUUUCACAGAUGUAAAAGGAAAGCUGGGGAACAAAGUUGAUGUGUGCCGCUUCUUUUUUUUUUUCUUCUUCUUCUUCUUUUAAUCCUUCCUUUUUGAAUGCCUUGAUUUUUGUCAUUCCACUAAGCCUUGGGCUACCUCCUUUUAUUUUAUUUUUUGCCCCUUUGUGUCCACUUUUUUUUGGCUUUGUCUUUGGACUUGGACUGGUGGGCGAGGACACAUAAAACACACCUGGAGGACCUCAGUGCAGAGGCAGUAUGUGUGUGUAAUGAAGAGAGGGAGGAAUGCCAUGUGAACGAGUGUGUGUUUAACCGCCAUGACCCCUCACCACCUCUUGUAAUAUUUUUUUUUUUUUUUGGCCUGUCACCCCGCCCUCAGCCUCUCUGACCGCCUUCUUCUCCCCGCGUUGAAGACGGCUGGACGGAGAGGGAACCGAAUGGAUGAAGACAUAAAUGCACUUUGCAUCAGGUUCCUUAAUAACUUUUGUUUUUUUUGUUGUUGUCUGUGUUUUUUUGUUUUUGUUUUUUUUUCCAGAGGAAGCAUACACACAAUGUAGCAUCACAAUAUUUAUUAUCCUGUCGCCCUGCUUGCCGAGCUGCAGGGCGGACCGAGCAGCCGAGAAGACGUGUGGAGCGAGAGAUUAAAGAUGGGAGGGGGGCAGAAAUUACGGCGACUAGAAGACGGAUUUUAAUGAAGGAAAAGGGACUGAGCUCUCUGCACCUUAGCCCUGUUGCCUCCACGGACUCGGACCUGCCUCCUUUUUCCACACAAACCAUCCUUUUAGCUUAGAGAUACUGAUGGGGAGGAGGGUGGGUGGGACGGGAGAGAAAAAAAAUGUAUUGUUUUGUUUUUGUUUUUGGUUUUUUGGGGGGGUUUUUGUUAACUUGUACACUGUGCAAGGUUGAAUUAUCCUGUACAGACUGUAAAAUGUAAUAUUAUUUUGUACAACUUAAUUGAAAGAAAAACAAAUCUACUUGUAGAUCUUUGUGCCUUGAUUAUGGCUGUACCUGUAAAUGAGCUCAGAUGUAAGUAUGUUUUCAACUGCGCUGUACAGCUUGAUGUCAAACUCUAUCGGCAGCGAAAGACUGCAGGUAGGGGACUUUCUCUGUAGAGUUUAGUUUUUUCUGGUUUAUAAAAAAAAAAAGAAAAAAAAAGGAAAUGCUGUUUAGUAAGAAAUAAAAAAAUAGGGGAAAAAUCCUAAAAACCUGUAUACAUUAUGCAAAUUAACCACUUACCUGCAGUGAAGACCAGAUGUUGCAGCGCCAUGCCUUUUUUUUUUUUUCGUUCUCUUUUAUUUUUUUUGUUUUGUUUUCCCUCCUUUUGUUAUAUAUAUUUUUUGAAUUUCACAGCUUUAAACAAACAUUUGAAUUCCAUUGAAAGUGUCCAAAUUGCAACCUGGUGUUGUUUUAAUAGGAACCAACGUUUUUUCGAUAUGAAGUGCGUGUGCGUACGCGCGCGUGUGAGCGAUCCGUACUGAUGUGCGUGCCUGUGCGCAUGUGUACAUAAAACAAACAUAGACUCACAGAUGCAUUGUGUGAGUGUGUGUGUGAGAGUGUUGGAGAGCAAGUGUGUAUGUGUGUAUAAAAUUUUAUAAAUGUAUGUACAUGUAAAUUUAUAGGUCUAUAUAAAUAUAUAUGUACAAUUAUACAUGUUUAAUUAUGUGUGUGCCUAGGUGUACAUACCUAUGUAUGUAUACGGUAAAUAUGUAUACAUACACACAUAGGAAAGCAUGUUUAGAAUGGAGAUGAAUAAAUGAGAGCGUGCAAUAUUAGUAAUUCUUUGGUCCUUUGGAGCCAUACCCGAUGGCACAGGCACUAUGAAUGUGUGAGCAGCACCCAACAAGACGAGCUCUUCUCCUUGUACAAACAGCAUCAGCCUUUUCUUCUGCUACAGUACACGUCUAUCCCCAACAGAGAGUGAACUGACUGGAGGUGCAAAAACCUUGUUUGGCCUGGGAGGAUGAUUAAAUGACAUUUUUAUUUUCUUUAAAUAAAGAGGCACAUUAGAGGACUUUGCUUUAUUUCCAUCUUGGUGUCCAGUUGUGUCCGGAUUUUCUUUAUUCAUUGGUGAUU